AUGAGUGAAAUAAAUUAGUCUUUUAAAAUUAUAGCUUACUUCGAUAAUGUGCCUAAAAAAUUUACUAUCAAAAGGGAUAAGACGAUCAAAAAAUAAAUUUGUAGCUAAUUUAAUAUUAAAGAGUCAAAAAUGAUUUUUAAAAUUAAUAAUGAAAAUUGCGAUUUAGAAGAUGAUUUAGAAAAAUAUUUUAAACAAGAUUAAAAACAUUAAAUAGUUGAAAUUUUUGAUAUCAAUCAAUUAAUAGAAAAUUAUAAAGAAAUUUAAUCAUAAAAAUAUUCAUAAAUCUUACAUUCUACUCAAAAGAGCUAUUAGAAAGUAGAAGAUUAAAAUUAAAUAAACGACCAAACCUAGUAAGUGAAUAAUUAAACUGAUUGCGAUAAAGAUGAUAAAAUAGAUUAAAAUUAUUUAAAGGAAAAAGAUAGUUUUAUAAUAAUCGAAAAUUAAAAAGUUUAAGAGAUGGAAUCGUUAAUUUUUUUAAAAUCAAUUAUUUUAGAUAAAUAAUAUACUUGUAGAAAUUGCUAAUAAGAGAUAUAAGAAUGUAAAGUGUAGACUCCUUGUUACCAUUUUUUUCAUUAUGAAUGUUUAGAUUCGUUGAUUUAUAAUGCUUUAUAAUAGUAAGCAACUACUUUAUAAUGCUUAUGUAAUUAGAAAUUCAAUAUUCAAAUAUUAAAGUUGUUUGAUGAAUAAAAGUAGAAAACCUAUUAGAAUCUAUUACUAUAGAAUUAAUUGUUGUGUAUUUAGAAAAAUUACGAUAAUAAAAUAGGAAGAUGUAUUGAUAAUGAAUAAAGUAAAUUUUGGUUUUUUGUACAAAAGUAAAGCCAAAUAUUAAAAAAAAUCUAAUGUUUUGAGUGCAUAAAGUAGUGA